AAUGUUCUAGACUCUUCUGCUGCUCUAAAAUAUAGUAUACUACUCCGUACUAUAGUAGAUUAUUACGCGCCCACCCGUCCAUUCCUCUCUCUCUCUCUCUCAUUCCUAUAAUUUAGCUUCUUGGAUUCGGGUCAUCGCAUAUUACCCCCAGAAAUAAAAAGAUCUGCUUGUUUUUUUGACAAAAGUCCUCUGUAGGAUCUCUAUUUCAGCGGAUUCUGAGAUUCAUCUGAUCUGAUCAAGAAACCAUAACUAUUGUUAGAGAAGUGAUCAGACAAUGGACGAAGCAGCAGCUCGAUAUUGGUGUCACAUGUGCUCCCAAACAGUGAACCCAAUCAUAGAAGUAGAGAUAAUCAAGUGUCCCUUGUGUCAAGGUGGAUUUGUUGAGGAGAUGGACUCCACCUCCUCUGGGGGAGACCAACACCCAUUCACCCAUGACGACUACUUUGGAGGAGAAGGAGAAACAGAAUCUGAAUCUGACCGUGCCCUCUCCCUUUGGGCCCCAAUCUUGCUUGGCAUGAUUAGCAAUCCUCGUCGCCGCAGAAGAUUCAGAAGAAGACUUGCAUUUGACGAUGAAGGCUUUGAAGAAGACGGUAGUGACCAUGACAACAACAGCGGCCAGCGCGAUGCUGAGACUGAAUUAGAUAGGGAAUUAGAGUCCAUUAUCCGCAGGAGGAGGAGGAGCUCAGCCACCAUUCUUCAACUUCUCCAAGGUAUUCGAGCUGGGAUGCUAUCCGAGUCAGACAACCCUGAAAGAGAGAAUAGGGAUGGGAAUAGGGAGGAUAGGGAUAGAGAGUCUAGCGAAAGUAGGGACAGAGAACGCGUAAUCCUGAUAAAUCCCUUUAAUCAGACUAUAAUUGUUCAAGGUGUUGGUGGUUCUUUUGAUUCGAACAAUUCUCCAAACCCUAAUCACCACCCAAUUGGUUCAUUGGGUGAUUAUUUUAUAGGUCCUGGUCUGGACUUGCUGCUGCAGCAUUUGGCAGAGAAUGAUCCGAACAGGUAUGGGACACCACCGGCCCAAAAAGAGGCCGUGGAAGCAAUGCCCACUGUGAAAGUUGAGGAGAUUGUACAGUGUUCUGUUUGUUUGGAUGACUUGGAGAUCGGGAUAGAGGCAAAGGAGAUGCCGUGUAAGCAUAAGUUCCACGGUGGGUGUAUUCUGCCGUGGCUGGAACUUCAUAGUUCUUGUCCUGUGUGUAGGUUUCAGUUGCCUUCAGAUGAAUCCAAGCUUGGUUCCGAUAUUUCCAGGAAUAGUAGUAGCAAUAGCGAUAACCACAAUGGAGAUAGUAACAAUGGCAAUGAGAGCAGCGUUGGUGAAGAGGGGGAUGGGGAUGAGAGGAACGGGAACGGUAGAAGGUUUUCAGUACCUCUCCUGUGGCCUCUUAGUUUGUUUUCAUCCUCAGGGAAUGGUAAUUCUAAUUCCUCCUCCACAACAUCGGCAUCAUCUCCAACAAAUGCACCCAGAAAUGCAUCUCAUACAGAGGAAAAUUGAGUAUGGUAAUUGUAGAAGCUUCUUGUGGUCUAUGUUUAUGUUGCCCGGAUGUUCUUUUUACUUGCAUUUUAUGUGCAUAGCGUUUCCCCAUCUACAUCAAGUGCUUGCAAGAACAUAUUAUUGUGCUUUUAUCGUGUUCAUAGAUGUUUGUUUUCCAUUGUUAGAAGAAACCCUGUUUAUUUUCAACUGCUAUUAUGUAUUUUACUAUGUAAAUAGUUAUGUUGUGAAUUGUUGUUUUUUGUGUAUAUAUUUGGGUUGCUGUGAAA